UUAUGUAUGUCCGCUUUAUGUUUUAUAAUUGUUUGCAUGUAUGUUUGUUUUGUUUUGUUUUUUGUUUUUGACAUGUUUCAAGUAAUUAUUGUAACUUAAAUUUUGAUCUUGUGACCCAUUCUAUAUCCUAUGGCUUGUAUUAAGCCUGUAUCAGGAUCAAUUAGAAAGUGAAAUAAAUGGAAUGGAACCUAUGAGGGUCACAAUUGUGCCUGUGAAUUCUGUAAGCGACGUGAUAUUUGUUAGGUUGCCAUAGAAACAAUGGCGGCUUCUGCAGUGAACAUUAUUGAAAGCAGAAAGUAUGGCAAUGGAGUUAUGUACGGGAGAGUGGUGGUGCUGGACAAGAUGCGAAUCACCUACUGCACAGAUCUGGACAAGUCUGUCCUCAUCACCAACUUCGAGAAGCGAGGCUGGUCCCAGGUUGGACCUGAUGAUGACUGGAACUUCUACUGGGCAGGGACCCAUACAUGUCGUACACUUUUCAGUGUCGAUAGUGGCUACAGAAUGACAGACAACCAAAUCAUCAACCACUUCCCAAAUCACUAUGAGCUGUCACGCAAGGAUCUACUUGUGAAGAACAUCAAACGCUACCGCAAGGAACUAGAACGUGAGAAGGACCCUCUAGCAGAACGAGGUGAUGUGCCAAGUCGUUACUUGCAUCUUGAUUUCAUCCCAGUCACCUUCGUGCUGCCCGCAGACUACAACAUGUUCGUGGAAGAGUACCGGAAGAAUCCACAAAGCACGUGGAUUAUGAAGCCAUGUGGCAAGUCUCAGGGCGCAGGCAUAUUCCUUAUCAAUAAGCUGUCUAAGCUGAAACGGUGGUCUCGUGAGAGCAAAACGCCUUUCAAUCCCACCCUUGUCAAGGAAUCCUAUGUCAUAUCCAGAUAUAUUGACAAUCCUCUGUUAAUUGGAGGCAAGAAAUUUGACCUGCGACUGUAUGUGCUGGUGACCUCUUUCCGACCCCUCAAGUGCUACCUGUUCAAGCUGGGGUUUUGUCGGUUCUGCACUGUCAAGUAUGACACAAGCAUACAGGAACUGGACAACAUGUAUAUCCACCUAACAAAUGUGUCCAUCCAAAAGCAUGGUGGCGAGUACAACUGUAUGCAUGGUGGUAAGCUGAGUGUUCAGAACUUGCGGUUGUACCUAGAGAGUACAUGGGGCAAGGAGGUCACAGAACAGCUCUUCACUGCCAUCUCCUGGCUCAUUGUACACUCGCUGAAAGCCGUGUCUCCUGUCAUGGCCAACGACAGGCACUGUUUUGAGUGCUAUGGUUAUGACAUCAUUAUAGACAAUAAACUAAAGCCAUGGCUUGUUGAGGUGAAUGCAUCUCCCUCACUGACAUCUACCACUGUGAACGACCGAAUUCUGAAAUACAAACUCAUUGACAACAUCCUUUCAGUGGUGCUGCCCCCUGAUGGCAUUCCAGAUGUUCGUUGGAAUAAGGUUCCAUCACCUGAGGCUCUUGGAAACUUUGACCUGUUGCUGGAUGAAGAACUGGCAUCUCAGGAGGAGCACUCGACGAAUCAGAGUCGCAGCCGAUCUGAUACACGCACCCCCCUGUACCGCUGGAAGUAGACAGUGUGGUGUCAGGUUCAUGGUUAGACAGUACAAUACAAACAUCAGCCUCUGUUACAUUUCAGUCACACCUACUGUCUGUAAUGAAGAUCUGUAUCUGAUCCUACACUGAGGCCAAAGAAAGAAGUCCCAUGGACUGACCUCAGCACAUCUCCCUCAAUCUUUUACUCUUUCUCCAGUGUAAUCGCCUAUAUUGCCCUCCAUCCUCUAGCCAAUCUGCUGGUAGUGAUAACCUUCAGUAGUGACAACUUCAUUCUUCAUUUGGCUGGUUGACAUAGGUCACAGGCAAAGAACAUUAGGCAGUGUGUGCAAAGCCUCAAGUGACAUCCAUGGGACUUCUUUCUGCUGCCUUAUUAUAAUCAAUUUAACUAUGUGGUGCAUAAUCUUCCUUGAGCAGCUGGUCAAGUAAUUUCCUGCUUUUAUGCAACAUGAAGAUUUAUUACUGUGCCCACAAAAUCCCAGCACUGGACCCCAAUCUGACUGAGUUGAAUCCAUUCCACACCCUCACACUGUGUUUGUUUCCAAGCCUCAUUCCUUCAUAUAUCCACCAAGAGAAUACUUCCCAGUAUGCUCAUGAGGUGUGUCAUGGUGUGGUACACCAACUCUUGUCCUCAUGUGGCUUGCACUGCUCAGGACACACUGAACUUCAUGCAACAGAAGGUGCUGACCAACCGCCAUACAGCCUGGACUGGUCACUGGGUGACUUCCGUGUUGCUCACCCCCCUCAAGAAAGCAUUAAAGGACCAUGAAUUCAGGUUGGAUGAAGGUGUUAAACCUACCGUGGUUCCACCAGCAACCCAGGGAGUUCCUUGGUUGUGGAAUCUGCUGGUUGGCACAUCAAUGAGAUCCUGCCUCAUUGCCCAUGGGGACUAUUUUAACAUCCUCUGCUCUUUCACCCUGAACAAUCUCUGAAAGGGUUCCAUUUGAACACGUCUCAUAAUUAAAUAAUAAAAUGUCUGUCAUUAAUUCUACCAUACAUUAUGACUUUAUUCUUGAUCAUUAAAUUACCUAUGUACGAGGGUCGUACUGAAAGUCAUGAGCAACAAUUUCUUUGUAAAGUAACAUGCUUUAUAUUGAGAAACCAA